UUUUUUUUUUAAUGUCUUUCAUUCAAUGGUAUUCAAGUCCUUACGAAAAGAAAAACAGAGCUUGUUCUCAAUGCAACAUAAAGGCUUUUUAUGAAUAUAUCCUCUUUUAUAUAUAAAAAAAAGAGAGUACCGCCUAUUUUUUUUUUAAUUAAUCUUUUUCUUUUCUUUAUGAAUUUCAACCAUGAUUGAUGUAAUAUUGAGUGGUCGUAACAAAAAAAACAUGCAAAACACAUCCAUUGCUAUCAUCUCAAUCGAGAUUCUUCCUGAAUUUGGCUGGACAAUGGGCGAAGAAAAGUUCUUUGGCCCAGGCACCAUUUUCCAAGGCUAUGUCAAAUUGAGAUGUAGAGACGAAAUCUAUAAAGCCACUCGACUUCGCCUUGUAUUUUCAGGUGCAGAAUCUAUGCUUACUUAUGAUGUUGGACCUGGACUCAUACGCUCUCAAAGCAACCAAUUGUUUGGCAUUCGAUCUACGCUAUGGAAACGAAGACAAGAAGACGAAGAACUUCGAUCAGGAAAAGCCUACAAAUUCAAAUUCACCAUUCAAAUGCCACUGGUUCAAUUCCCUCCUUCCAUGAACCACAGUUUGUACAAAUGCAGCUAUAAAUUAUGCGCCUAUCUUGACUCUGCAGAAUCAUACGAUGAAACACCACUUACAGCACACAUCCCUAUCAACUAUAUUCCCCUCAUAGAGACGAGACUACUCAAGUCGCCUAUCUACCUCGAAGAUGUCAAGAAACGAAAGAAACACAGGAAUAAAUGGAUGGCCAUGCCUGCUGUCACAGUCAAGCUUCAUUCGGUAGAAUAUUUAUCAGGCGAUACAAUUCAAGCCAUCAUAUGCACUACCAAACCCGAUGUAUCAGCCUCUUCGUUCAUUGCACCUUCCUUUAAAUUCGAUUAUAGUAUCACCAUGAAUCUAUACCAAAUAUCUCAAUUUCAUUCAGACAAAGAGCCUCUUUUAUCUCAAUUGGUAGGCACUCAAUCGUAUACACUAGACGAGACCAACGAGACAGAACAACAGCACCAUCUUGGUCUCCAACUUGAAUCCUACUUGCCUCCUUCAUUUGAAUACAGUAAGAUAAUGUCACUUUCUUAUAAAUUAAGAAUCAAAGUCUAUAUCAAACGAGCACGUACCUCUCUUUCUUCAGCCGUCAGUAAACAAGACAGCAAAAAACUAAAAGAAGCCAUGACAUUACCUUGGCCAACAUCGACCAUGUCUAUGUUUGAAACACCCAUUGUGAUAGGCACCUUAGGACGUGGUAUACGUACAGAUGAUGAGCUGCAAGCAUAUACCAAAUUCAGUAGCGAACAUGACCCAUUACCAACCCCGAAGUUCAUUGAGAACCUUCAACAUGAAGACACAUUGCCAAAAUAUGAGCCAAUCAGACUACCUGAUUAUGAAGAAGAUGGACAGAAACAAUGCACGGUAGCUGCUUCUAUUGUUUCAUCAUCCGCCUCUUCUAUUACUGUUGGUUAAAUAAAACCUCUAGAAUCUCUUGUUUAUUCGUGCAACCCUAAUCCAGAAUGUGAUCAUAUAUAGAGUUCUUGGCAUAACCGACUUUUGAGAAGGUCACUGCUUUUAUGACAAAUAAAGCAACUUUCUUUACUCUUGACAAUCAUAUCAAAAGUGUACAGAAUCAUGUCAAGUUUGGAUUUAAAUGGAUUGUACACAAUAGCUUAAUACAAUAGCAGUUGUCUUUUUAUCAACACACAACUUCUAGACUUUCAAGUUACACAUUUA